UACUGAAGACGGCUAGCGUGUUCCCCCUCCUCCUGUCCCAGGAGUAUCUCCUCCGGGCAAUGCCUCUAGCAAACACCCCGGGGGCCCCUCCCUAUUCCCUCCAUAAACUCUGCUGUCUACACCGGAUCCCAACACCGCAGAAUUGGCUGGGUGAGGGCAGAGCCCAGUGGACCUGUCACCUCCUGAAGCCUGGAAGCCGGGCCCCCCUGCAUGCAGCCCAUGGGCAGUGAAUGAUCAGUACUGAGCUGGUGGCCCCUGGAAGCCCAGAGAACAGCGAGGCCUUUGCGGGCCCAUCCCCUUGUUUUAGAGACAUCUCUAGGGAAGGUUGUCUGGGAAGGUCAGGCCCGGGUUCCUGAAGGAGGUGGGGGUUAAACUGGCCCCUGUGUUUGUGUUAGACCCCCGGGUGGGGGUGGGGGGAGACACUUCAUACACACCCAACAUCCCCUGCAGGGUACUUCCCAGGCAUAGGCCAGACUCAGACACCCUCAAGGCAGAAGAAAAUCAGACUGAAUUGCACAGAAAUCAGUCAGGGAGUGAGCAGGCCCCCAAGCUGCAUCAGCAGCCCCUGACCAGCUUGCUUUUCCUACCAGCUGGAGGCCAGUUCACGUUGCCCCCCAGAAAAGGGGGCUUCCUGCUCCCUGCUCCCUGCCUAUAGACGGAGCACCCGGUCAACCUCAGCCACGCCCCUGAGGCUAGAGACACAGCUCAGAACUGGCACCAGCCUCCCCAGGACAGGCCGGCAUCCUAGCUUUAGUGCCACUGGCCAUGGUUCUGAGGUCCGGCUUGAGGCCUUGAUCAUCUACCAGGAAGGAGCUUGGACUCAAUUUUUAGGAUUCCCUGUGGAUUUCCUUCUAAGAAGUAAGACACAGAUGUGCUAGGGAAACCUUUCUGGAGGCUUGGACAGCGCCAGGAAACCUGACUUCCCAGGGAAGGAUGAGCCCAGAAGGGCCUGAAAUGAAGACCCAGGAAGUUCUCUCACACAUGCACACCGCCCCCAGGGGUUGUGGGUUCCUCUGUAUAUAGAUGCGAAGGUGUUCUUGUGGGAGUUUGCACAGCUGUCCUGGGGAAGCUGAGGGGGGCCACACCUGCUGCCUGGAACCCUGCACCAGCUCCCCCUGCUCACCUUCAGCUCCAGCUCCCGACAUGAGGCUGCUCCAGGCUCUCCUCUGCCUGACAGGCCUCACCUCCCUGAGAGGCUUCAAUCUGGACAUCAGCAGGACGUGGCUCACACCUCCUCCGGCCAGUGGCCAGGGUCCCCAAGUGCAGAAUGUGCAACUGCAUCAGGAUGAGGACAACAGGCACACCUGGCUCCUUGUUACUGGACCCUGGAGAGCUCAGGGAGCUGCCCACUUCCACAACUGUAGCCUCAGCCAGGAUGACCAGAUCCUCUGUCAGCCCCUAAAGUAUGUGCCCACUCCUCAGGGGUCAUGCCCUCAGGUCUCUAUGGCUCGGGGUCCAGAUGGCACAUUGGUGGUGUGUGCUCAGGUGAAGAGGCGAGGACGCCCACAGAGCCUGGCCCAGGAGCUGAACGGGGCCUGCAGCCUUCUGGGGGCAGACUUGAGCCUACAGAGCUGCUUCAGCUUCCCUGGUGUAGAGAAUCUCUCAAUCCAAGAAAUAUGGGGUGGAAAUCCUGGCUGUUCCUGCCUGAGCCUAGAUCCUGCUACUGGCAGCCCCCACCAGGACCACCCCAACGCCAACUGUAACAACCACAACAACAACCCCAGCAUCAAGGAGAAGUGGGCCGAGGACGAGGAAGAGGAGGAGGAUGGGGAGGCAGGCACAGAGAUCGCCAUUGUCCUGGAUGGGUCUGGAAGUAUAGACCCCCCUGACUUCCAAAGAGCCAAGGCCUUCAUCUACAGCAUGAUGCAGACCUUCUAUGAGAAAUGCUUUGAGUGCCGCUUCGCAGUGGUGCAGUACGGGGCAGUGAUUCAGACAGAAUUUGACCUUGAGUACAGCAGAGAUGCCCCUGCCUCCCUCCAGAGAGUCAUGAACAUAAUCCAAGUGGGGAACGUGACCAAGACUGCGUCAGCCAUUCAGCAUGUCCUGGAUUCCAUCUUCACUCCUAGCCGGGGAUCUCGGGAGAAGGCUUCGAAGGUCAUUGUGGUGCUGACAGAUGGUGACAUUUUUCAGGACCCCCUGAACCUGAGCACCGUAAUCCACUCCCCUCAGAUGGAGGGCAUUGAACGCUUCGCCAUCGGGGUUGGAGCUGCCUUCAACAAUACAAAGGCAAAUCAGGAGCUGCACCUGAUUGCCUCAGACCCGGAUGAGACCCACGCCUUCAAGGUGACAGACUACUCAGCUCUGGAUGGAUUGCUGGGCAGCCUUGAGCAAAGGAUUAUCAGUGUAGAAGGCACUGUCGGAGAAGCCUUACAGUAUGAGCUGGCCCAGAUUGGCUUCAGUGCCCACAUCCUGGGCAAGCAGCAGGUCCUGCUGGGAGCUGUGGGGGCCUUUGACUGGUCAGGAGGGGUCAUGCUGUACAACACAGACAGCCACCAGUUUCACUUCCUCAAUGAGUCCACAAAGGAGCCCAGGACUGCCCAGUACAGCUACCUGGGUUACUCGCUGACAGUGGUGAAAACACACGGUGGCACCUCCUACCUCGCCGGUGCACCUCGGCACGGCCAGAAAGGAAAGGUGCUUUCUGUCCGGAAAGACGCUCCAGCCCAAGGCUUCCUCCCUGUCCUGGAGGGGGAGCAGAUGGGUUCCUAUUUCGGUUCUGAGCUUUGCGCCCUGGAUGUGAACCAGGAUGGGGUCGCGGACCACCUGCUCGUCGGAGCCCCUUUUUAUCACAUUCGCGGGGAAGAAGGCAGGGUGUAUGUGUACCGCCUGGAAGGACAAGCUGACUCCUUUCCGCUGCUGCUGACUCUGAGCGGCUGGCCCCAGUUUGCCUUCGCGAGAUUUGGGUUUGCGAUCGCUGCCAUAGGAGACCUGAACCAGGACAAGUUGGGCGAUGUGGCCAUCGGGGCCCCUCUGGAGGGGUACCCGACAGACGCGGAGGGCAGCUUUGGCAGCAUUUACAUCUACAAUGGGCACCCCCACGGCAUUACCAGCAGCCCCUCGCAGCGGGUCCAUGCAGCCGACCUGGCCCCAGGGCUUCGGUAUUUUGGGGCAUCCGUUGAUGGGGGAGUCGACGUCUCCGGGGAUGGCUUGGACGACGUCACCGUUGGUUCUCUGGGCCGGGCGGCUGUGUUGUGCUCCAGGCCUGUGGUCAGGCUGCAGACCGCCAUGACCUUCAGCCCCAACAUGGUGAGGCCUGGUGACAAUCAAAACAUCAACACCCAGCUGUGCUUUGAGGUGCCCCUAGACAGCCCGUGGGCCAGGAAAGGUUCCAAGGGGCUGUCUCUGAACGUGACCAUUGAGCUAGAUGUGAAGAAGCAUCAGAAGCGGGUUCUGUUCGAAGAUCGGAGCUCGCGGAGCCAGCAGGAGAAGCUGGGCCCCGGCUGUGUCGACUUCCUGCUCAUCCCAGCAGAGGGAGAGGUGUGUGACAAUGACUGCUUUUCCAACAUCACAAUCAAAGUCAGCUACCAGCUAAGUGAGCUUGAGGGCCACUGGGAGCACCCCCAACCCAUCCUGGACCAGCUCAGCAAGUCCACGGCACACUUUGAGCUACCCUACGAGAAGAACUGUAAGAAGAAGUCUGUCUGCGUGGCACAAUUAAAGCUGAAGACUCACCUUUCCCCGAAGAAAGUAGUGGUGGGGGUCACAAGGGAAGUGACGAUAAACAUUCAUCUUGCCAACGCCGGGGAAGACUCCUACAUGACCAGAAUGAUUUUGAUGCACCCUCCAAACCUACAGCUGAAGAGAAUCCAACAGCCCUUGUCACCCCCCAUACAGUGCCUGGAUCCCACACCUGCCACACCUGUCCUAGCCAUCAUCUGUAAGAUUGGCCACUCUGUAUUCGAGAGGUCACAUGUUAACUUUUCAAUAACUUGGCAACUACACGAAAAAAAAUUUCCCGGUGAAACAGCAGAAAUUACCAUUAAUGUCACCAACGCCAACGGUCAGCCCCCCGUGAAGGAGACACAGGAGUUUCAGAUCAAGUACCGCUUUGCCGUAGCUCUCCAUAAGGUCCCUGGACCCAGCUCAGCUCAUUUGUGGCCUCUCACCUGCAGACCCCUAGUGACGUACAUGACCACCAGCCAAGGCCUUUCAGAGCACAAAGAACUCCAGUUUAAUAUUCAUGGGGAAAAUCCCUUUGGAGCCGAGUUUGUAUUAGAGGUCUGUGUUCCAACAAAAAUGCAAAGCCAUGAAAUCAUAAAAGUGAAGAACAUAACAGCCACACAGGCCGGUUCGAAGUGCAUCAGGGAACUAGGAUGCAAGGCCCGCUGCCCAGAAGGGCCCGCCGAGGCUCCGGACCUGCAGUGGCUGCGGCUGCGCUGCACGCUGUCCUCUGUUCCCUCCAAAGUGUGUCUGGGGGCGGAGCUGACCCCACAGCUGCCGGGGGCCCUGUCGAAGCUGUGCAUCCCCGCUGUGAUCUCCUUCGACGGAGAGGUGUACGAGAGCCAGGGUCCAGGCAGCCUCUGGAGCUCGAUCACCAUUAUUCUGCUGAAGGCUCCCGGCUUCCGCACCUUGCCCAUCAUUCUAGGAAGUAGUGCUGGUGGAGUUCUGCUGCUGGUUGGAAUUAUUGCCGUUCUUUGGAAGUGUGGCUUUUUUAAGAGGAAAUACCGGGCUGCUACCUCAGGCAGCGCAAGAAAAUCAGAGAAAUCAGAAAACCUGCCUCAAGCAGAGGAGUAGAGCCCUGCUCCUCGGAAUCAGGGAGGACGAGGCUCAGCAGUGGAUCGUUCUUGUUUGAGGCAUCAUCCAUGCACACCCUCUAACCUGGCAACACCAACACUAGUUCUGUAUCCCCAAAGAGAUGAAAAAACAAAGGAAGGACAAGGAUCCACAUGUACAAAAUAUCUAUAGCAGCUCUUUUCUGGUAUGUGAUUAUGAUGGAAUGUUAUUGUGCUGUAAGAAAUGACUAGCAGGAUGCUCUCAGAAAAACCCGGGGAGACUUUCAUGAACCAAUACAAAGGGAACUGAGCAGGACCAGGAGAACAUUGUACGCAGUAACAGAAAUCUCGUAUGAUGAUCUGCGAAUGACUCAGCUUUUCCCAGCAAUACAGUGAUCCAAGACAAUCCCAAAGCACUCAUGAUGAAAAGUGCCAUCCUC